UGAUUUACAGUUCACAUGCAAGGAUAGCUGAUAUGCUUCCAACUCAGCUAUAGGAAGAAGCCCGGCUGGGACUCCAGGCCAGCUUUCUCCAGUGAGGAAAUCCUGUCAGAGAUCCUGAGGCUGGUGCCAAGGACCCAGCAGCCCUCAUGGCCUCCAGAGUAUUGAGGAAAUGUUUCAUGCAGAGACUCAUCGAACGUCUUCAGGACAUGGAGAGCAGAGAGGACCUGCAGCUCCUGUUGACUAAAGAUGAACACUGGAAUGCGUUGGUGGUGGAAGCUGAAUUGUCCAGGGACGAGGAAGCUACAUUGCGUAAAGCUGUGAAGGAGCUUAUAGAACUCAUAGCUGUGGAGGACAAAGACAGACUUCAAAAAGAACUGCAGGAAAAGGAGAGGUUUUUGAAAGCCUUUCCUGGGUUGAAAAAGAAGCUUGAGGCAUACAUCAGGAAGCUCCGUGCCCUUGCUGACCACAUUGCUAAGGUUCACAGGGCCUGUACCAUCUCUUCUGUGGUGACUGGUGCCACCAGCACUGUUUCUGGAGUCCUGAGCCUCCUUGGUAUAGUUCUGGCACCUGUGACAGCAGGGGCCAGUCUGGUGCUGUCAGCAACUGGAUUGGGGUUGGGAAUAAGUGCUUCUCUAACUAGUACUGCUACUACACUUGUAGAGGAAACAAGCAGGUGGUCAGAUGAAGCUGAAGCCAGGCACAUGGUUUCACUUACCAUAAAAAUAAUAAGGGAAAUUGUUGCUAUAGGUAAAAUUACAUUCAAACUUUCUUCUGGAAUCUACAAUAUCAAGAAUAUGAAUUCCUUCAUAGAGCACAUCCAUGCCAUCAGGAUGACCAUAGACAACCCUCACUUGGUAGCAGAUGCCAGGAUCCUUGGGACCACUGGGGAACUCUGUGCCGAACAAGCCACUCAGGUACCACCUGCCUUAAAAGGCACUGCUUUGGCAAUGACCAAAACAGCCAGAAUCACUGGUACAGUCACUGCAAGUCUCUCCCUUGUAGUAGAUGUGUGUUUCCUUAUAAAAGACUCAGUGCACUUACAUGAUGGGGCAAAAUCAGAGUCAGCCGAAACACUACAGAAGAUGGCUCAGAAGCUGGAGGAGAACUUGAGGGAGCUUGACCAGAUCCACAAGACUCUACAGUCGGACAAGCCUUAAAGAUGCCCUGUGCAACAUAGUGGUCAGUGGAGAUGACUUAGAGGUAGAGGUAGUGAAGGCCUUUUGAUAGUAGGGGGAUGCGAUGGUUAGUUUUAAUUGUCAACUCACCUGGGAAGGGGGUCUCAGUGAGAGACUGUCUAGAUCAUGUUGGCUUGUGAACAUGCCUGGAAAUGAUUUUUCUUAGUUACAUUAAUUGAGAUGGGAAGACUCCACUGUUGUGAGUGGCACCAUUUCCUAGGUUUGGAUUUUGAACUGCAUUAGAAUUGAGAAAACAGACUGAGUAACAGUUUGCACGCAUUAAUUCAUUUCUCUCUGCUCUUGACUGUGGAUGCAAUGUGACUAUGUCCUUCAAGUUCCUGCCUUGACUUCCCCACACUGAUGGUCUAUA